UGGUGGCGUGGGAACGAGGGGGGCUAGGGCGAGGAUUAUCCAUGCAGCAUGAUGGAGUAUUCGAAUGAAGGCAUUCAGAGGAGCAAAUCAACAGCGAGGACUGAAGAGUCCUGCCUGGGGCGCCAGUGGCCCAACCCCGUGACCGGCGCGAAUGCAUCGACGCGGCCGAAUCCUUCGCUCGAUUCUCUCCCCCACAACGCCCUCACGAUGUUCCACACCAUCACCGAUUGGGGGCCCACAGCCCACCAACCCAUUUCCACCUCGCGGUCUUCGCCGGCAGCGAAAACGAACAAAUCGUGUGCGGAAUGUCGCCGAAGACGAGUCCGCUGUGAUGGGGGUCAUCCAUGCAGCAGUUGCCACUGGUAUGGCGUGCCCCAGCGCUGCGUCUUUCCCGCGCGAUCCAAGCGCAGGACGGUGUCUCGCCAGUAAGGACAGCUCCUGUCAUCUCUUACGAGUCUCCUAUCAUUGAUACAUCACCAUCAAGGUCUCACCACGAGCUAUCUCAAUCGCUCCAUCUUCGAGACGCGAUCCUCAAGGAGCUUUUCCCCACAGAAUCGCUAGAGUCUCUUCAGGGUCUGCCACGAGAGGCCCUGCUGCGGAAAAUCGAACGACAGCGCCAGAGCGAAGAGGAACCCGAAACGGGGAUUGAAGUACCUUCUCAAUCUCAUUCACAAGAUAGAAACGAUGAUAGCGAGGAAUGGGACGAGGCGGACAAGCGCAUGCAGCAUUCCUCGGCCUAUGAUGAUGUCAACAACCUCUCCCUGACCUUCGACCGGUCGCAUUCCUACCUCGGCUUUUCCUCGGUCGGCAUCAUUUUGCGCAGCAUUCUCGAGAUCUCCCCUAGAAUUCAAACCAAACUGGCCCAGGACCUUCAAUCCCAUGCGUCCAGUUCAACCCUCGCUCCGGGUGAAGACAACAAUUUCUCAGAUGGCGAGAUUACACUUACGACGGAAUUUUGUAUUGAUGCCUACUUCGCCCAUGUCCACGGCAUCACUCCGAUGAUUGAUGAGAUCGAAUUUCGCCGCCGAGUCAAAACGAACAACACCGAAGAUGGUCCCUGGCAAGCCUUGCUGAACAUGGUUCUAGUCAUGGGCGCCGUCGCCAUGGGCCAAUGGAAAAGCGACUUCAUCCGGGAUCGCUUCCACCGGGCGAGAAGCUUCAUGAAUAUGGAGCUUCUGGGGUCGGUACAACUUGAAAGUCUACAGGCUCUGUGCCUCCUUGGUGGGUACUAUUUGCAUUUCCGCAGCACCCCCAAUAUGGCCAAUGCUGUUCUCGGCGCAGCGUUUCGAAUGGCAGCGGCCAUGGGACUACACAAGGAGGCUAUCCUCACCCAUACCGCGAAGCAAAACCCGUGGGAUCAAACUGAGGCGGAAGUGAAGCGGAGGUCAUGGUGGACUCUGUUUUGUCUGGAUACGUGGGCCUCGAUGACGCUGGGAAGACCGACUUUCGGGCGCUGGAACAGGGCGACUAUGGAUACAAAUUUGCCAACCGCACAUAGCCCCGACCCUACGGUGUCUAUCCUAUGCGCCAGUGCCGAAUUUUGCUUGAUAGCCACCGAGGUUCAAGAGCGAUUUGCCCAAGACAUCCCAGUGACUACCGCGGAAACCUUUCAUUAUGACAAUCAUGUAACGGCUUGGUAUAACGCGCUUCCCGAGAGCGUCAAUGAAUCUCAUGGCGGCUUGACGAGCGUCGCUGUAGCGCAGGCCUAUCUGAGGAAUCGAUAUUUGAAUUUUCGAAUCCUGCUUCAUCGACCAUUUCUUUUACAGCUCUCACGGCCAGGCUUGACUCGGUCAGAAGACGUAGCAGCUGCUGUUGUCACGUGUUGUGAACUCAGCCUGGAGGCAAUCACAAACAUUGCUGGCUCCGUUAUGCCCAACACCAUUUGGGCGUGGAAUAGCACCUGGUAUCUGUAUCAAGCGUGCAUGGUUCCGCUGUUUAUCAUGGCCACUGAUCCACAAGGCGAUGAUGCUGCAUCCUGCAAAUCAAAGCUUCGGGAUGCCCUUGCCACAUUUGAGGCCCUGGUCCCCUGGACGCCAGCCGCCAGUAGAUCACAUAGCAUCGUGAGAAGCAUUUUUGAGGCUGCCCAGAAUCCUGAGUCAGGCGACGACCUAAUGGAGAUUUCAAAUUUUGACCUCUUAGACAUGGAUGUCAAUGGGUUCUGGGACUUGAACAACGUGGGUCUAGACCUUGACGUCCUGCUCAACUACAAUACCACAAACGACUUCGAGAGAUACGGCCUGGAAAGACUUGAUGGGAACUGAGAAAUAGUUGUUUCUCAGCUAUUCGUCGUCAACUCUCGUUGGCCUAUGUCAUGCUAGUCAGGAAGCUCUUGAUACCGAUCUCUUUCUCGUUGGACUGGUCACGACGGCCCCUGAUCAUGGUUCUAUACCAUCAAGCCCUGUUUGAUGAAGAGUGCUAGGAACAGCUAGAUUUGUGAUGGUGGUGGUCAAUCCAGGAUUUCAUUUCCCAUUCAUCCUUCUCUUUCUUGUCAUAUCUUCCCCCGUGGUUGUGUCCUUGUCUCCUUGUUUUGUGGCAGUUCUCGGUUGCCACCGCGAAUUAUC